GUGAAAGUUUCACGAGCCUGAUAAAGAGUGAAUGUGUGAGAGAUCUCGAGAAACCCGAAAGGAAAGCAGACCAGUUUCUAGUCUACUUCUUGUUGUUGUUAUUCCGACCCUAAGGCCUAGUUAAUCGUGCCUUUCGUCUGUGGAAUGUGCGGAGGGAUACAUCCGAGUGCCCGGGAACGUUGUGAUUCGGUCGCUUGUGUGUAUGUGCUUUUGCGGGCUCGUAACAAUGUAACUGUGUGUGUGUGUGUGUGUGUUCUAAAAAUGCCAGUCUCUGCUCCAUAGUUACCAGUGGCAUAAAUUCCGAUGGCAGUAAACCGGUUACCACACGGACACUUUUAUUCAGCUUCUCAAACAUAAACUACAGUGGUGUUUUUAUAAAAAAGACAUUUUCCCUACCCCGAAGCCCCCUUCUUCUUGUCUUGUGUGUGUCUGCUUUUUUCCUCAGGCUAACAGAAGUGUGUGUGUGCCUCUCCCUCGCUAGGCGCGUUAUCAGCGAGUGGGGACUUGUUAGAGAGAACACACACAUACACAGGGGAUGUUUCAGUCAGCACUGCACGGCUAGAUACACAGCAAGAAUGCGAGAGGAAGAGUACAAGCUGUCGGGAGAAAACAAGUCUCUGCUCUGUGUGUGUGUGUGUGAGUGAGAGAGAGAGAUUGCAAAAGCAAUUCUUAAUGAAACUAAUUAGAUUGAGACCGUGUACAUCUACAGCCGACUUUUACAAUUCACAAAACAAAAAAUUAUACUUCUUCCAUUUUGCAUGUACAUUAUUAUACAAUGGCACUUGGACAGAGCUUUGUAAUAGAACAGCGAGGAAUGUUGAUCGUGAAAUAUUAUUCCCAAACAAAUACGCACAAUUCUAUUUAAACACUUUGCAGUAAGGUCAUCCGGAACAAAUUAGAAAUUAGAAAAGCAAAACAAUUCAAUUAGUUACAGUUUAAUUCAAAAUGCAAAUAGUGAAUGAGUGCGGUAUUAUUUUUUUGUGGAUAUUACGCCAUCUAGUGGUAGAAGAAUAAUUUAACUUUCUCCACAGAAGCAAGUUGUAGUACUAAACCAGUUUGACUUUUCUGGCUUGCCGUAAUUGUUGUCAGGGGGAUCCUUCAGAAUCCAAAAUGGCGGCGCCCUUGAAGCUGUUCUGUACUUCAGUCUUAAGGCAGACUGUGCGCCCAUUUUCAUCUACGUGUGUGGUUCAUGCAGGGAAGAAGUGGAGACUGGAGAACGGCUUGGCCUGGACUGGAUCAGAGUACGGUCCAUUAACAGAUCUGCCCGACUGGUCAUUCGCAGAUGGCAGACCUGCACCUCCACUGAAAGGACAAGUCAGGAGGCAGAAGCAGAGGGAGGACUUUGCAAGGAGAGCAGUGAACCUGAGUGCAGAGGUGGACCAGGGGAUAAGGACAUGGAGGGCAGAAAAGGAGGAGCAGGAGAGUGCGAGGGAGCAGCUAAAAUCUUCUAUGCUUAAACCUAAAGGAAAACUGUUAUUAAAGAGCAAAAACAAAUAAACACUGAAAAAUGACAAAUGUUAAGUACUUCAUUGUUACUAACAUUUAUUAAAUGAAAGUGAGCUAUUUGUAUGAUAAUAUGUAAUUAUAAUAUCUAACCCUGCUAAGAGAUUUCUAUGUGACUUUAUCCAACCAUCAUGUGUAUGUAGUAGCAAGUUUCUGAUGGACUUCUUUUAUCCAGCAGGCUGCAGUGUUUCACCAUUCUGCUGUAAAAUCCCCCCAAAGCCGCCAUUUUAGCCUCCUGCCUUCUCCCUCACUGAGACAGGAGCAAAAAUGCCAGCAGUAAGGGGGGGAAAGAAAAUCUCCAUCUGGUCGAGUCACCUUUCAUGUGAUUUUCUUGAGGAACUGCUUCUGGUUGUCGUCCAUAUUCCAUGUGAAAUGCACAGUUGAAUUACAUUUGUCUAGACCGCAAAAUACAACAGCCAUUCAACACAGUCUAAAAAUCACUUUUAAGAUUUAUUUCUAUUUUGUAACAAGGAAUUCCUCUCCCGGAGCCACCGGUGAUGAAAACACGUUUGUCACACGUGUGCCAGGACCCAUUAAACCACGGCUUCACGAAAAGCAGACGCAAGAACUCUAAUCCAAUUUUAAAAAGUGCUGAACUAAAUAAACUUUUUAAAUGAGCAGUUUGUAAUUUUUAGAUGCAUUUGUUGCUUAUAAUAUGAAUUGCAUUUGCAAUGAAAACACUGACAAACUCUCCAACAACCCCUCUUGGGGAGAG